GACGAUUCCGCGAAUGGCGGUUACGCUUGUGUAUAUUGUCAAUGCUUUAUUACUAGCUUGCAGGCCUGAAUAAUCCACUUACUCAGAUCAAACCCCAAAGAGGCGCGAGCAAGGUCAUCCCAGAGGGGCAUAGUGUGUGUAGUCGCAGCUGCUCUCAAGAUACCGAGCUUCGUCCAUUAUUGCGUUUCCCAUGUUUAAGUACUAAGUAACGCCCAAUGCCCAUUUAAUUUGCACUCAUUCAUCAACACAACUUGCUCUUCUUACCCCUUAAUCUCCUGCCUUGACCAUAUUCACAACCACCCCGAACUCCUUGCUUAUUCAAAUAUAUUUUUGGUUAUCUUACAAUGGCGCCAAGUACGACACCUCGUGGAAAGGCCACGAGCGAUACCGUUGAAAAGUAUGACAUCGUAAUCAUCGGUGCUGGACCAGUGGGUUUGCUAUUAUCGACUUGCUUGGCAAGAUGGGGAUACAAAAUCAGACAUAUCGACAACCGGCCGGAGCCUACGAAAACUGGCCGUGCUGAUGGUAUUCAGCCUCGGCCUCUAGAUCUGUUAAAAAACAUGGGCUUAAAGCCUGAUAUCAUGGCACAUAAGCCAGCAAAAGUGUAUGAGGUUGCGUUUUGGGACCCAACUUCGGCUAGAGAUGGAAUUCACAGAACCGGAACAUGGGCUAGUUGUCCGAGUUUCAUCGAUGCUCGUUAUCCAUUCACGACUUUAUUGCAUCAAGGAAUGAUUGAACGUGUAUUCAUCAAGGAUCUGAAGAAAUAUGGAGUGGAGGUACAGAGACCUUGGACAAUCAAGGGCUUCAAGACAGAUUAUGAAGGUGAUUCCGUUUACCCCGUUGAGGUUGAUUUACAGCACGUAGAUGGCGGGAAAAUGGACAAAGUGAGGGCAAAAUACUUAUUUAGCGGUGAAGGAGCACGAUCGUUCGUGAGAGAGCAGCUGAAGAUUGGAAUAAAACACAAAGAUCCAAUUGCUCAUGUCUGGGGUGUAAUGGAUGGUGUAGUUAAGACAGACUUCCCAGAUAUCAAGGUUCGUAAACCUCCGCAAAACAUCGUUCUGAAGGCUCUGACCAAUUUCCUUUAGAUGAAAUGUACCAUUCAUUCGGAACACGGCUCAAUCAUGGUAAUUCCAAGAGAAGACAACAUGGUACGGCUUUACAUCCAAAUCGCCUCUUCCACAGACAAGGAUUGGAACCCUCUCAAGACGGCAACCGAAGAGGAAGUCCAAAAUUCGGCGAAGAAAAUUCUUAGUCCCUAUCAAAUUGAGUGGGAGCGAGUUGAAUGGUUUUCUGUAUACCCUAUUGGCCAGGGUAUUGCAGACAAGUAUACUCUGGACCAUAGAGUUUUUAUGGGGGGAGACGCUUGUCACACCCACAGCGUAAGUUUCACCACGAAAAGUUGCGAAUGCACUGACUAACAUGGAAAUUGAAGCCAAAAGCUGGCCAGGGAAUGAACACCGCUUUCCUAGAUGCCCUCAACUUGGCUUGGAAGAUCCACCACGUGGAGGGUGGAUUUGCCGACAGAUCGCUGCUCGAGUCAUAUGAGAGUGAGCGAAAACUUGUCGCAGAGAACCUGCUAAAUUUCGAUGCAAAAUAUGCGGCUUUAUUUUCACAAAAACCACCAGCAGCGACGGAUGUUGCUGCAGCCUCUCAGACGAGCGCCGACAAUGAUGAGAACCCAUUCAUUGCAACUUUCAAAGAAUCUUGCGAAUUUACCAGUGGUUACGGAGUGGCUUAUGAUGCUAACAGUCUCAAUUGGUCUCCUUUACACAAAGCCCAGUCUCCGAUUAUAAACCCAAAAGGCAACAAACUUCGAACGGGAAGAAUCUUGAUUAACUCGAACGUCACUCGGGUAGUUGACGCCAAUGUGGUACAUUUGGAGCAAGAAAUUCCCCUGAAUGGCUCAUUCCGGGUUUACGUUUUCGCUGGCAAACCAUCGAAGAGCAAGAAAGCGCUCGAGGACUUUGCCCAAAACAUCAGCAAACCAUCUUCUUUUCUGAACUCCUACUUACGGUCGGAUAUCGACAGUGUUAGCCACCAUGAGCAACACAAUCCCCACAGUCAUUUCUUUACCUUCUGCACUAUCUUUGCAGCGAAAAGACCGGAAGUUGAGAUCUCAAGAGAUGUGCCAGGCGUUUUAGCGAGAUACCGGGAUCACAUCUAUGCUGAUGAUAUUUUCGACUAUAAAAUUCCAGAUGCAACGGCCUGGGCACAUGCAAAGAUGGGACUUGAUCAGGAGAAGGGGGGUGUUGUUAUCGUGCGACCUGAUGGUUAUGUUGGGAUUGUCACCAGUUUGGUGGAAGGAGGAGGAACUGUUGAUGCUUUGAACUCUUAUUUUGGAAGUUUUUGCAGCAAGAAAUUAGCGGAGCAUCGAGCGAACUUGUAACUCUAUUAGGCUUUUUAGAAAAAUAAUACCCGUAUUUUGAUCCGAAGUACGCAAGAGAAUCUGGCCUUGCUUUCCAUUAUCUAGAUGCC